GAGCUGUCGUCAGCCAGUGCUCGAGGGGCAGCUUGAGACACCUGAGACUGGGGCUGAGGAGCUCUUUCAACCUCUUUAGGCGCCAAUUCCGAGAGAGCCAUACUUCGUCUUCCUGAGCGCAGCGGCGUCCGCAUCGCAUCUAAAUCACGUGAUCAUGAAAGGCACUCUGUACAUCGCCGUCCUUUUGGCCCUCGUGCCAGUUCAAGGGGCACUGAGCAGCUGUGCCACGGCUGGGGGCGUCUGCGUCAAGGCGGGAACGUGUUCCACCAGUGUUCUCAAUGGCACUUGUUCCGUGGGAGAAGUGUGUUGCAGUUCCAGAGCUGACCUCUGUCUGGUGACGACCCAACAAUGUGAAAAGAAUAACGGACGCUGCGACAGGAAGUGUAACCGCCUGAACGAGAAGGAGGUGCCGAACCUGUGCAGCGGAUCCGGCUGUUUUUGCUGCACCAAAGAAAAGAAAUGCAAGCAAACGGGGAAGUGCAAGAACAAGAACGGCAAAUGCUACUUCCAGUGCACCUCCAACGAGCAGUCCUUCCGAUCGCUGUGCAAGGGCGGUUGUGUGUGCUGUGUCGAGAGGUGCGAGCCGAGCAAGGCCUGUGAGGCGCUGGGCGGAAGGUGUGCAGAGACGUGCGAUUCUGCGGAGCGCGGCGUGUCGGGUCUCUGCGUCGGCAACGCCUGCAAGUGCUGUGUGCUACUUCCGACAACAACAUCGACCACGGAGACCUCCACCAGCACCUCCUCGCCCUCCACUCCACGAGCAGCUCGUCCACUAUCACCACCUCCACUUCCUCGACCUCCUCCACCAGUACUUCUUCGACCUCGACGUGGGCGGGGUGCUCGAGGCCCGUCCCCGAGUGCUCCUUCAGCAACGGCCAGUGUCGAGAGAGAUGCGAGAAGAACGAGAGAGAGAUCGAAGGCUGCGGGAAUCUGUGCUCAUGCUGCGUGCCAGAGAGUGCUUGCAAGUCAACAGCAACGGAGUGCAAAAAUAUGGGCGGGUCAUGCGAGCUGCCCAGCCAAUCGCUCGUCAACAAGUGCGAUUUGGUUAACCUCAGUCUGUGUCCCGGAUGUGCCUGUUGUAUUGAAAGACGACAGGGCAAAAGACGAGUGCCAAGCCAGCUCGUGUGAAGCUGUGGGUGAAAGUCAGGCGGGGGGAGGUGGUGCAGACCAGUGCAAGAGAAUUGGAGAAGGAGCCGGGCAGGCCGUCCGCAAGUUCUGUUCUGGAAAAGACUGCACUUGCUGCAUUCCGAAGGAUAAAUGCGGCUGGAACACACCCAAAUGCUCCAUGUAUAACGGCCGUUGCGAUUCAUCCUGUAAGAGUGACGAGACUUCCAUCCCCGGCGUGUGUGGCAGCGACAACUGCAAAUGCUGCGUCCCCGGCGGCAAAACGAGCUGCACAACCAGUGACCUGUGUGAAAUGAUCGGUGGCCGCUGUGAAGAUCGCUGUCCACGUUACAUGUCAAGCAUCAAGGAACUCUGCUCAAGCAACAAAUGUUCCUGCUGUGUCUACGUUACAGAAAAAUAAUAACUAAAUGAAGGACGAGCAAUGACCAAUCUCAUUGCAAGAGAGGCCGAUAUGGAAGGAAAUUCACACAGAUCUCAGAACAAGAUCAUUGUCUUGCAUGAUCUCUCUUCCCCUUGUUUUAAUGUCUUUCAUUUAAAUUUCCUUCCUUUUUGUCUUUCUACUUCCUGCUUUUUUAUUAUAAUUAUCUCCCUCUGUGGUUAUAUAUAUAUUUUUUUCU